AUGGGUGCCCUUCCUUGGGAUACCAAAGCCAGCCCAUCCCCGCCAGAGGGGUUUCAGGUGGUGAAGGGGAAUUUCUCACGGACUUUCCUCCGAGUUGGCUACCAUAAGAUUGCAGAGAUUCCAGUAGGAGCACAGAACAUCAGCAUACGGGAGACAGUAAAGAGCCGUAACUACCUGGCUCUGCAGACCCAAAGCAGCGUCUCCAUCAUCAAUGGCAACUGGGUGAUUGACAGGCCAGGGAUCUUUACUGCUGUGGGAACACAGCUGACGUACCAACGACCCAACGAAAUCCGCUCUCGCACUGGAGAGUCCAUCACUGCACCUGGGCCACUGACUGAGGACCUACAUGUUUAUUUGAUCUACCAGCAACCAGGUCCCAGUGUAUACUAUGAAUACAGUGUUCCUUUACAAAACACCCCCCCCACUCCUGAGCCAGAUACACCUUCUCAUAUUCUGCCAUUGGUUGGCCCAACCCACCCAGGUGAGGAGGUCCACCAAGGUGAUGUCACCAACAAUGACAUCAUCAAAGAGAAACCCCACCCUAGCCAGGUUUCCUACACCUGGACAAAGAGUGGGCACGCGGAGUGCAGCACGACCUGUGGCACUGUCUGUUUGGUGUGUGUGUGUGUGUGUGUGUGUGUGUCUGCGCACUUACCAGGCAGGCGCCAGGUCCUCUGGGAGUGUGUUGAGAAAGAUUCCCAGGCGACUGUUCCUGCUGACCUCUGUGACCCUGCCCUUAAACCAACAAACCGGGAAGAAGACUGCAACACCCAGUCCUGUCCUGCAUACUGGGAUGUCGGGGAAUGGUCAGAGUGCAGCAGGAGGUGCGGACCCGGCACCCAGCACCGUCAGGUCAUCUGCCGCCAGGUUACCGACGUUCAUGCCAAUGGGACGGAGACCUCGGUUACCGUGGCACCAGAGCUGUGUGGGCUGCCUGAUAGGCCGGUGACCAAGUCCACAUGUCAGCUGAAGAUCUGCAGUCAGUGGGACAUACGAUCUGAGUGGAGCCCGUGUUCAGUGCCAUGUGGGGUGGGCCAGCGCAGCAGGGAGGUGGUGUGUGUGAGCAACCAGGGUGAUGUAGAGGAGGAUGAAGAGUGUAACAUGAACCUAAAGCCAGAAACACUACAGAACUGUGACAUGGGAGCCUGUGCACGCAGCUGGUUCACCUCCCUCUGGAGCCAACGGUGCUCUGCAGAGUGUGGUCGAGGCAAUCGAACCCGUACCACAGUGUGCCUGAUAGAUCAUGUGACUGAUCUCCCAUUGGACAGCUGCGAAGGGGAAAGGCCAACAGAAGCGACAUCGUGUGACUCAGGCCCCUGCCAGAACCGCCUGGAGUGGUACACCGGACCCUGGGGUCAGUGUUCUGCAGAGUGCGGGAAUGGCACACAGACCCGGAAUGUGGCUUGUAUUUUCAGCAACAAUGGUCACAUGGAGAUUGUGGACCACUUAAAAUGUUCAAGUCUCUCUCAGCCAGUCACAGCUCAGCUCUGCAGACUGAAGCCAUGUGGUGUCCAGUGGUACGUCACAGAGUGGAGUGCAUGUUCACGGUCCUGCGACGGCGGCUACCGUGUGCGUGAGGUGCGUUGUCUUGCUGACAACAUUGUACCGAGCGACCAUUGUGACCCCAGUCUGACCCCAGAGAGCCGAGAGGCAUGCAACACACAACCGUGUUUAGCCGAGAUAAACCCAUCAUGCAGCGACCAGUAUCAUAACUGCAUGGUGGUGGUUCAAGCCCGGCUCUGCAUUUACCCUUACUACAGACGUGUCUGCUGCGCCUCCUGCUCCCGGGCCCACAAAACGUACCCCAGCUCAUUUCAAAAGAACCACAUCCGCAGGUGA